AUGGCAGAUUUCGAAGUUCCAAAGACUUGCAAGGCUGGUGUCGUCGUCAACGCCGGUCCCGACUUUCACUUGGAAGUGCAAGAUGUUGAAGUGCCGGAGCCAGGUCCCGGCGAGAUCCUCCUGAAAUUGAACGUUACUGGUCUUUGCGGCAGUGACGUACACUACAUGCUGAAUGACCUGGGAGUCUCCAUGGACACCUUUGGGGUCAGAUCUCCUGGACACGAAGGUGCCGGGGUUUGCGUGAAAGUCGGCCCUGGAGUAACAGACUGGAAAGUCGGCGAUCGUGGCGGUGUGAAGCCCAUGUGGGAUGUAUGCCACAACUGUGAGCAGUGCUGGAAUGCCGAGGAGCAGUAUUGUCCGAAAGUUGUCCAUACUGGCCUGAUGAAAACGGGAACAUACCAACAAUACAUCACUUCUCCUGCGAUAUAUACAUCUAGGAUACCGGAUGGUAUUCCUGACGAGAUCGCAGGACCAGCUAUGUGCUCUGCCUCGACAAUGCAUCGUGCCAUCAAGGAUUCAGGAUUGAAGCCAAGUCAGUGGGCUGUUUUUCCGGGAGGCUCUGGGGGCGUUGGAAUCCAAGGUGUGCAGCUUUCAAAGGCAAUGGGAAUGCGUCCGAUUGUCAUUGACAGCGGUGCGCCCAAGAAAGAUCUUGCCCUCAAAUUUGGUGCCGAAGUGUUCAUUGACUUCAAGGAAGAACAUGAUAUCGCAGCACGCAUUAAGGAGGUGACAGAUGGCAUUGGUGCCCAUGCAGUCUUUGUCACGGCCUGGCAGUCGUAUAAGGACUCGAUCAAUUACCUCGGUGAUCGCGUUGGCGGCAAGGUUGUAGCCAUUGGGAUCCCACCUCUUGACCAAAAUGUCGUUCUGGGUGCCCCGCCUCUCCAAUUCAUCAUGAAGAAGCAAGGCGUUGUUGGAACUGUAGUGGGAACAAUGCAAGACGCGGCUUCUGUCCUGGAGUACGCUAGGCGAGGUUUACUCCGAUCUGUUUCGGAGGUGCGUGGUCUGAGCGCGUUCCCUGAAAGCGUACAGCAAUUGCGGCGCGGGGAGGUGGCUGGAAGAAUUGUUAUAGAUUUCAACCGCGAGUAG